CAACGAGUCGUUCAAUGUUGUUCAGUCAUCAACUGAAUUCGUGACUGGCAACGUCGCCUCUGUGUGUGCCGCCCGCCAGUGUGUUUGUCACUGUCUGUGUGUGUGUGUGAGUGCGAGUGCGUGUGUGUGACUGUGCGUUCGUUGUCUCUCUAACUGUUAACGCUACGCUGCUGACUGUGUGUUUUGUGGACGCUACUGCAACUAACUGACUGUGGUUGUAACUCACAGAGAUCUUCUGUCUGUCUCCCGCAUUUGUCUCGUGGAGUCGGUCGAAUAAGAAUCAGAAUCAGUAUCAGAAUCCCAAUCAAAACUCAUAUUUAUUAAAAAAUAAAAAUAAAAAUACAAAACACGAAUAUUGACAACAGCAGCAGCAGCAAUAACAACGAAGCACAUCAACAACCACAACAGCAACAACAACAUCGACAACAACGACAACAAGAAUAUAAAAAAAAAUUAAAAAAUUUAAUAACUGUAUUUUCAGUUUAUACAAUUUUUUUGAUCUAUUUUUUUUUACCACACGAUUCAUUUACAAUUACUACAACAACAUCAACAACAAAUCAAAGAAAGCAACAACAAGCAUAAAUAUCAAUAAAUUUAUAUACAACAAAAAUUCAAAAUAAAUCAAGAAAGCAAGAAAAGUGUGCGCGAGUGUCACAAGUGUAAACAACAAUAACAACAACAACAACAGCAACAACAAUCGGAGUGCAACAUCAACAACAGCAAACAAACAAACAAACAAACAAACAACAAAGCAACAAGCAACAUGCAACAAAGCCGCUUACAAGUUUAAGCCAAAAGAAGACGGGAAACAACAAAUUUGCAAAUUCAAAUCAAAGAAAUCCAAUCAGAAUUUUACGUUGCUCCCCCUCCAACAACCCCUCCAACGCCCCCUCGCCUAAUCGCUCUUGGAGAGGAGAAGAAAACACCAAUGGCAAGAAAAUUCAAUGCCGACGCAAUUGUUGCAACAACAACAACAACAUCGACAACAUCGACAACAACAACAAACAAACACGCCUCGUGUUGUGUUUAGUGCAAGUGUUGUGCGUGUGUGUGCGUGUGUGUUUCUUCCAAGUGUGUGUCUGUGUGUGUGCAACAACAACAACAGCAACGACAACAAAUCAAAGCUUGGCACAUGCAACAAAUACAAAUGAAUUAGCAACAUCAAAAUUGGCACCAAACAAAUAAAAACAAAAUUGAUGGAUUUUUUUUGAGCACGUAAAAAAAGAAACAACAAAUACAAAGUAAAGAAAAGCCGCUAACAAAACAAAACAAAACAAAGCCAAGAAGAAGAAGAAGAGGAAGAAGCUGAAAGAAGUGCGUGAAUAUUUGUUUAUGUGUCUCUCUCGCUCUCUCUUAGUGUAUGUGUGUGUGUGUCUCUCUCCCUCUCGCUCACUCGCUUAAUGCAAUUAACUAAAACUUAAGAGGAGAAGAACCAACAAAAAAACAACAAUAAAAAAAAACACAGUUGACGCGCUCUCAAAUGCCUCAACAAACGGUUGAACGGUUGCUGAACUAUCAGCGAUAAAAGCAACAACAACAACCACAAAAACUGCAACUGCAACAUAACCACAACAACACAACACUACAACAACAACAACAAAGAAUCGCCAACAUCCAAAGACAGCCCACGAAUGCAGCCAACAUUGCCACAAGCCGCUGGGACAGCCGAUAUGGAUCUGACGGCUGUUCAAUCAAUCAACGAUUGGUUUUUCAAAAAGGAGCAAAUUUAUUUAUUGGCACAAUUUUGGCAACAGGUAAUUGCAACGCACAAAGUGAACCAUAAUUUAGGCAACUGGGUUAACCAGCGACCAGAGAUCCGCGCUACUUUAGCCGAGAAGGAAGUGAAUACACUCAAGGAGCAACUAUCCACAAGCACGCCCGGCAGCAACAGCGACAGCAACAGCAAUAGCGAUAACAACAGCGAGAACAAUAACACAGCAGCAACCACAGCAGCAGCAGCAGCAGCGGCAGCAGCAGCGGCAGCAGCAGCUUUAAUCAAAGCCGAAGAGGAGGCAACGGGUGACAGCGACAAGCUGUUGAACAGCUCGAUUGUUGCAGCGGCCAUCACGCUGCAGCAACAGAACGGCGGCAAUCUGCUGGCCAACACAAACACACCGUCGCCAUCGCCGCCGUUGCUGAGCGCCGAGCAGCAGCAACAGUUGCAGAGCAGUCUGCAGCAGAACGGCGUCGGCGGCGCCUGUUUGAAUCCGAAGCUCUUCUUCAAUCACGCCCAACAGAUGAUGAUGGCUGCGGCUGCGGCGGCAGCGCAACAACAACAGCAGCAACAAUCGCCAAUGCAUUCGCCCGCUGCAGCAGCCAACAGCAACAACAGCAACAGCAAUACAACGACAGCAGCAACACAAGUAACAAACACAGCAACAGCAACAGCAACAACAACUGCGACAGCAACAGCACUUGCGACAGCAGCAACACUUCCACAGCCAGCUGAAGCCACAGCAGCAGCAGCAGCAGCAACUGCGACAGCAGCAACCACAGUUGGCAACAAUGAUGAUGAUGAGGACGAUGAUGAGGAGGAGGAUGCCUCGAUGCAAUCGAAUGUGGCACAUGCUGAUGGCGAACCCGACAUCGACGACGAUGAUAUGGAGCUGGAACGUGAGCAUAUUGCCGCCGACAGUGGCAAUGUGGCUGCUGCUGCUGUUGCUGUUGCUGUUGAGCAGCCAUCAGCAAGAACUGAAAAUAUUAUCGAUGCGACGGCGACAACGCAACACAACGAUGAAGAUGACGAUGAUGAAGAUGUUGAUGGUGAUAAUGAUGAUGAUGAUGUUGCGGAAGCGGAGGACGACGAUGAUGAUGAUGGGGAAGCUAGUUUAAAUGUUAGCAAUAAUCAUAAGAACAACAACAACAACAACAACACGGAUAGUUGUAGUCGAAAGAACAGUGAACAGAAGACGCAACAUGUUGCACUGCGUGAUAAUAAUAAUGUAAAUGAGCAACAUGUGGCACACAGUGUCGAGGACGAGGAUUGCACCAACAACAACAACAACAACAACAACACCAACAGCAACAACAACAACAACACCAACACAACAACAACAAAUGAGAAGCGCAAAAAGCGCAGCAACAACAACAAUCAACCCGCUGUUUUAUUAGCUGCCAAAGACAAAGAGGUAAGCAAGUCAUCCUUACACACAUCGCUGACUAGCAUUAAAGCACUUUUGGAUGAGCUGCAACGCCUGCGCGCUCUGGAGCAAACUCACCUGGUACAAAUCCAAAGGCUCGAGGAGCACUUGGAGGUGAAGCGACAGCACAUCAUGCGUUUGGAGGCGCGUCUCGAUAAGCAACAGAUCAACGAGGCAUUGGCCGAGGCAACUGCAUUGGCAGCCGCUGUCAAUGCGGCAGCCACCAACAACAACAACAACAAUAACAACAACAAUACCAAUAGCAAUAUCAAUAAUAACAACAACACAAACAGCAACAACAACAACAACAACAGUCACAGUAGUCAAAGCAGUGAACACAACAAUGAGACGACAACAGCAGCCACAACAACAGCAACAACAACAACAACAGAUCUGACAUCGACUCAUCAGCACGAUGAUGACGAUGACGAUGACAACGAUCACGAUCAUAAUGAGCUGCGCGAUGACGAUGAGGAUAUGGAAAUCACCAGCAACGAUCAACAGCAGCAGCAGCAGCAACAGCAAACAUCAGUUACCAAUAAUCGUCGGCAUGUGGAUGAUGAGGAGGAUGGCGAGGAGCAGGAUGCUGAAAUGUCCAAUGCCACAGCCACAGCGGAGAGCAAUGAGCUGAAAAUCAAAAAGGAGCACCACAGUCCACUGGAUCUGAACGUGCUCAGUCCACAGUCGGCCCUCGCCGCUGCCGCUGCAGCAGCUGCAGCCGCCGCCUGCGCGAAUGAUCCAAACAAAUUCCAAGCUCUGCUGCUAGAACGCACAAAGGCGCUGGCUGCUGAGGCGCUGAAGAAUGGCGCCAGCGAUGCGGUCAACGUCAACAGCGAUGAUGCCGGACCACUUGCACAUCCCCAUCACCAGCAACAGCAGCAACAGCAGCAGCAGCAGCAACAGCUGCCACACCAGCUGCAACAGCAACAUCACCUCAACAGCAGCAACAGCAGCAGCAGCAGCGAUCCCUUGGCCCAUCAUCAUCAGCAGCAGCAGCAGCAACAGCAGCAGCAGCAGCAACUUCAUCAUGCACAUGGGCAACAUCAUUUGCAUCAUUUGCAUCACAACGAUUCAAACUCAUCCAGCGCCAACAGCACACCCAACAGCACCACAGCUCAGCUGGCGGCGAGCAUUGCCAACACACUGAACGGCAACAAGUCGCUGUUGCAGGCUGCGGCUGCGGCCAAUGUGGCUGCCGCCGCUGUCGCCGUUGGCGAGGACAACAACAACAGUCUGACACCGAAUGCGAAUGCCGCUGUCGCCGCAGCGGCGAUGGCUGCACAUGCUCAGCAUGCCGCAGCCUUGGGUGCCCCAAAUUUCUUGCCCAGUCUGCCCAGUUUGCCGGCAUUUCAGUUUGCUGCCGCUGCGGCAGCUGGCCAAGAUGCACGGGCGCAUUUCCGAUUCGCCGACGCCGAGUUGCAACUGCAGCCGGGUGUCUCGAUGGCCGGUCGCCUCGGUGAGUCCCUCAUACCCAAGGGCGAUCCCAUGGAGGCCAAGCUGCAGGAGAUGCUCCGCUACAACAUGGACAAAUAUGCGAAUCAGGCGCUCGAUACGCUGCACAUCUCGCGACGCGUUCGCGAGCUCCUCUCGGUGCACAACAUCGGCCAGCGUCUGUUUGCCAAAUACAUUCUCGGCCUGUCGCAGGGCACCGUCUCGGAGCUGCUGAGCAAGCCGAAGCCGUGGGACAAGCUCACCGAGAAGGGACGCGACAGCUACCGCAAGAUGCAUGCCUGGGCCUGCGAUGACAACGCUGUCAUGCUGCUCAAGUCUCUCAUACCCAAGAAAGAUUCUGGCCUGCCACAAUACGCUGGACGCGGCGCUGGCGGCGAUGAUUCCAUGUCCGAGGAUCGCAUUGCCCACAUUCUCAGCGAGGCCUCGUCGCUCAUGAAGAGCAACGCAGUUGCCGCACAGCAGCAACAGCAACAGCAGCAGCAGCAGCAGCAGGAGCAUCAACGUCGUCACGACGAUACGCACAGCAAUGAGGACAGCAAAUCGCCGCCACAGAGCUGCAGCUCUCCAUUCUACAAGGUCGAGCUGAAGCAGCAGCUGCAGCAGCAACAACAGCAGCAGCAACAGCAGCAGCAACAGUUGCACGUCUCCGCGAAGCAUGCGCAACGCGAGCAGCGCGAAGCAGCAGCCGCUGCUGCCGUUGUUGCCCAGCAGCAACGCGAGCAGCGCGAACAACGCGAAGCCGUGCAACGUGAGCAGCAGCAGCGACUGCGUCACGAGGACUUGGCUCAGGACAAGAUGGCGCGUCUCUAUCAGGAGCUGAUGGCGCGCACCCCACGCGAAGCAACCUUCCCAAGCUUUUUGUUGUCGCCAUUCUUGGGCGGCGCCGCGUGCAUGCCCGGUGCAGCGGCCAAUCCAUUCCCGACGGCCAUGGCCACCGAUGAGAACAUGCGACACGCGUUUGAGCGCGAGAUCGCCAAGCUGCAGCAGCAACACCAACAGCAGCAGCAGGCACAGGCGCAAGCUCAGGCCCAAGCGCAGGCCGCCAACUUUCCCAACUUUUCCAGUCUGAUGGCGCUGCAGCAGCAGGUGCUGAAUGGCGCCCAGGACUUGUCGCUAGCCGGCAAGGACAUCAAGCUGAACGGACAGCGCGUCGAUCAGCACAGCGGCGGCAGCAGCAGCUGCUCCAAGGACGGCGAACGCGUCGACGACGAUCGCAGCAGUUUUCCCGCUCUGCCGCCUGUGCGCAAGACCGAAGGCGGUGGCAACACACCAGCUCCAUCCGUUGUGCCUUCGGCCGUGUCAGGGGGAGGCAACUCGCAACCCUCAACAGCAACUGCUGUGGUUGCUGGCAACAGUGGCGGACAGCACGGCAGCAACUCGGCGGCGCCCAGUCCGCUGAGCAACUCGAUAUUGCCGCCAGCGCUGAGCAACCAGGGCGAAGAGUUUGCGGCAACUGCGAGUCCAUUGCAGCGCAUGGCGAGCAUCACAAACUCGCUGAUCACACAGCCCCCGGUGACGCCGCAUCACUCGACACCGCAGCGACCGACGAAAGCGGUCCUGCCACCGAUCACCCAGCAGCAAUUCGAUAUGUUCAACAACCUCAACACCGAGGACAUUGUGCGACGCGUCAAGGAGGCCCUCAGUCAGUACAGCAUCUCGCAGCGUUUGUUCGGUGAAUCGGUGCUCGGUCUGUCCCAGGGAUCCGUCUCAGAUCUCCUGGCCCGCCCCAAGCCGUGGCACAUGCUGACGCAGAAGGGUCGCGAACCGUUCAUACGCAUGAAGAUGUUCCUCGAGGAUGAGAAUGCGGUCCACAAGCUGGUGGCCAGCCAGUACAAGAUCGCACCCGAGAAGCUGAUGCGCACGGGAAGCUACAGCGGCAGUCCCCAGAUGCCCCAGGGACUGGCGAACAAGAUGCAGGCCACGCUGCCCAUGCAGAAGAUGAUGAACGAACUGAAGCUGCAGGAGCCGCAGGCCCAACACAUCAUGCAACAGAUGCAAGCAGCCGCCGCGAUGUCCGCGGCCAUGCAGCAGCAGCAACAGGCAGCGGCCGCCCAAGCCGCAGCCGUGCAGCAAGCCCAAGCCCAAGCGGUGCAGCAGCAGCAGCAACAGAGCCAGCAGCAACAGCAGCAGCAACAGGUUGUUGCCGCCCAGCAACAGGCCCAGGCACAGCUCCUACACCAUCAGAACAUGCUGCUCACCUCGCCCGGUCUGCCGCCUCAGCAUGCGAUCAGUCUCCCCGCGGCCAGCACGCCCGGCGGACAGUCGAGCGGCAGCGGCAGCGGUGCCGCAGGCAUUGUGACGCCGGUGAGUGGGGGUGAGAAGAAGCCGAUGCUGAUGCCGGUGCAUGGCGGAGCGCACACACCGAAUGCGAUGCGCAGCUUGCAUCAGCACAUGUCGCCGACGGUGUACGAGAUGGCGGCAUUGACGCAGGAUCUGGACACACACGACAUUACCACAAAGAUCAAGGAGGCGCUGCUGGCGAACAACAUUGGCCAGAAGAUCUUCGGGGAGGCGGUUCUCGGACUGUCGCAAGGCUCCGUCUCGGAGCUGCUAAGUAAACCGAAGCCCUGGCACAUGCUGUCGAUUAAGGGACGCGAACCGUUCAUUCGGAUGCAGCUGUGGCUGAGCGAUGCCAACAACGUGGAGCGUCUGCAGCUGCUGAAGAACGAGCGGCGGGAGGCGAGCAAGCGUCGCCGCAGCACCGGACCCAAUCAGCAGGACAACAGCAGCGACACCUCGAGCAACGACACCAACGACUUCUACACGAGCAGCCCCGGUCCGGGCUCGGUGGGUUCGUCGGUGAGCGGUGCACCGCCCAGCAAGAAGCAGCGUGUGCUCUUCUCCGAGGAGCAGAAGGAGGCGCUCCGUCUGGCCUUUGCCCUCGAUCCGUAUCCGAACGUCGGCACCAUUGAGUUUCUGGCCAACGAGCUGAGCCUGGCCACGCGGACCAUCACCAAUUGGUUCCACAAUCAUCGUAUGCGGCUCAAGCAGCAGGUGCCACACGGCCAGCCGGGUCAGGACAAUCCGAUACCGAGUCGGGAGAACACCAAUGCCACGCCCUUCGAUCCCGUCCAGUUCCGCAUCCUGCUGCAGCAGCGUCUCGUCGAGCUGCACAAGGAGCGCAUGGGCCUCAGCGGUGCGCCCAUUCCCUACCCACCGUACUUCGCGGCCGCCGCGCUCCUCGGACGCAGUCUCGCCGGUAUUCCGGGUGCUGCGGCCGCAGCGGGCGCUGCAGCUGCGGCAGCGGCAGCUGUGGGCGCCGCGGGCGGCGACGAGCUGCAGGCAUUGAAUCAGGCGUUCAAGGAACAGAUGAGCGGACUGGACCUCUCGAUGCCAUCGCUGAAGCGCGAACGCAGCGACGACUAUCAGGACGAACUGGAGAUGGAUGCCAGCGGACACAAUAUGAGCGACAACGAGUCCAUCGAGGGUGGCCACGAACCCGAACCGAAUCCCGUCUCCGACUACGAGAAGGCGCUCCACAAAACGGCGCUCGCCUCGGCCGCCGCGGCAGCUGCUUACAUGAGCAAUGCGGCGCGCAGUUCACGCCGCAAGCCAGCGGCACCCCAGUGGGUGAAUCCCGCUGCAGCCAGCACUCCCAACACACCGGCGGGUGUGGUCGCUGCCGCUGUGGCCGCUGCGGCUGCGGCUGCAGCUGCUGCCGGCGAGAGCAGCGAGCGGAUCAUCAACGGAGUGUGCGUGAUGCAGGGAUCCGACUACGGUCGGGAGAAUGACAACGACAACGAUAUGGACAGCAUGAAGGGUGCCGGCGAUGCGACUGGCAACGAGUCCGAGCACGAUCAGCACGCUCAGCUGGAGAUCGAUCAGCGCUUCAUGGAGCCCGAGGUGCACAUCAAGCAGGAGGAGGACGAUGAUGAUGAUCAGCAGCAGCAGCAGCAACAGCAAUCCGUGGUGGAGGAGAGCGGGAGCGAGGCCGCCGAGAAGCAGCUGAAGGUGAUCAACGAGGAGAAGCUGCGCAUGGUUCGUGUGCGGCGUCUCAGCAGCAACGGCGAUGCUGAAGAGCAUUGCUCCCAGCAGGCGACAGCAGCCACAACGCCAGCAGCCACAGCAGCAGCAGCAACAGCAUCGUGGAACUAUUAAAGAGGAAGUGAAAGUGCAAUGUGGAGUUUACUUGUGAUUAAGUUUGGCAGCAGACCCAGCAAAAAGCGAAGAAGAAGAUGGAGAUCAAGAUGAUAAUGUUUCGAUUGAUACACGAAGAAUAUAUAUAUACAUAGCACACAUACACACAUAUACCUAGCUCGUAGACCUCUAUAUUAUAUAUAUACACAUACAUAUACCUAUAUAUAUAUAUAUAUAUAUAUAUUUAGCAUAUAAUUGAAAAGAAUUUUUUUUUUGAUCGUAGUUCGUAGGUAAAAAGUUUAGAGACGCUAUGCGAAGCGCAAAAGUAUUAAAUUGUUGGCUUCAAACUUGCCACGUGAACACUCCCUUUCCCCCCCCCCCACUCCCUACUUUUUCCUUGCCCAACAACAAGUGAGAACAAGAAGAUGACGAUGACGAUGACGAAGACGAAGACGAAGAAAAACACUACCUAAAAACUCUACCAAAAGCCAAAUCUGAUCUGAGGCGCAGAUUUUGCAAAACGAUUUUUUUGAUUUCUUUACGACUUGAAGACUGUAAGCAAAUGGCGGUAGAUUUUUACAAUUAUUAUUAUAUUACUAUUAUUAUUAUUAUUAUUAUUAUUGCUAAAUAUAUUAUGACUAUUAUCAUUAUUACCAACAUUUUUUUUUCCUGCAUUGUUAAGUGUAAAUAGAUAAUCAAUAAAAUAUGAAAUAUACGAUAACAAAAACAAAAAGCAAAAACUCAAUGCCGUUCUGUAAAUAGUCGAAAAUUCGUAGGCAUCAAAUGUUCUUUUAUAUUUUCCUAACUAAAUAUUUCAUUUAAUUUAACAAACCAUAUUUUUUUUUUUGCGCUAAAAAGUUUUAACUAUCUUUUGAUCUCAAGCAGCACCGACUCAUACAUGAAACAUAACUGAUAACUAAUAAAAUCAACGCGAACGAACAUCAAGUUAAGAAUACACAAAAAACAAAACAAAACAAAACCUGAAACUCGAACAACAAAAGGCGAACCCAAAGUAAAAGAUAGUUAAAAGUAAUUCUUAAAAAAAAUGAUAACAAAACAUAAACUUUAAAAAGAUAAAGUAAUUUCUUCACAUUUAUUUCUAUUUUUUAUUUCGAACCAAAAGAUAAAGAAACAUAAAAUUAAAGUAUAUAAAAAUCUAAAUACAAUAAAUUUUGUAAAUUUUGAAUUUACGUAAAAAUAAUUAACGCAAAUUAAUGAAAGAGUAUGUAAAACACGAUGUAAACUUUAUAAACAAUAUAGCAAAAUGCACUAAAUUAUUAUUUAUAAUACUAUAUGAAUAUAGAUAUUAUAUAGUAAACAUAUAUACACACACACAUACAAAUUAAGCAUUAUGCCGUUUAUCAACAUAAUAUAAAAGUACUUUAAAUUUGUAUUACAAAUAGCAUAAUUUUUUUUUAUUGUAAACUAAAAUAUUGCAAACAGAAAAAAAAAACAAAAAUGAAAACGAAAACGAAAAAAAAAAUGAUUAAUGAAAACAGAACCGCAUAUCGUACUAAAGAAAAUUUCACAAAUUAAACAAGAAUAAUUAAAAAUAAUAAUAAUAAUAAUAAUAUUCAUAAUGAAGUAAAUAAAAUAUUACAUUUAAGGGAGCCAAUUUUUUUGCCUAGCACCUAAGUUAAAACCGAUGAUGAAAUGAUGACGAUGAUUGAUGAAAAACAUUGUUUUCCUAUCGAACGAAAACCAACACAAUUUUUAAUCAUUAAAUACACACAUUUUUUUCGCUAGGCUAAACUUUAAGCUAAAUUCAAAAUGUUUCAAAAUGGCAUAAAACCAAAAAAAAAAAUAUUAAAAAAAAUGUCACAGAGGAGAAAAAUCCCACUCACAAAAAAAAAAAAAACAAACAAAAAACAUUUAUGCAUAGGCCCAAAAUUUGCCGCGUUAUUACUAAAUAUAUAAUAAAGAAAAAACACAAUUUAAUGAAACUAAAUUUAAAAAAUUAUAAAAACAAAAAAAAAACAUAUACCAAACACAUUUCAAUACCUAAAAAAUACAAUUUGCGUCUUCAAACGAAAAAAACCAAAAAACAAAACAAAUUAUUACAAAUAUUUAAAACAAAAAAAAAGCAAAAACUAAUUAUUCAAACAAACAAAGAAAAACAAAAAAAAUUGAGAAAUGCGAAAACAAAUUUUUGCCGCUGACUGCAAAUUUGUUAAUGAAUUAUUUUAAUUUAAUUUAAUUUUUUUUUUUAGUUAUUACAUUAAACGUGUUAAAUACUUUGCAUUUUCAUACGCUUUAGCUAAAUAAUAAUUACAAGUAUAAUUAAAUAAAUAUUUAUGCAUAAUAUUUACACAAUACACACACACACAUAUUCACAUAUAUGUGUAUAUACAUAUAUAUACAAUAUAUAUAAAACAAAAGAAAAACAAAAUCGAAAGAAAGAUAAAAAUAUGAAAUAUGUUUAAAGUUGAAUGAAAGAUGAAUCCCACAUAAGAAGAUGAUGGCAACAAUUAGUUAUAAUUAUUUUUUAAAGCGACUAAUUUUUUUUUUUCGUAUUAUAAUAAUUAUGAUCAAUUUUUUUAUUAUUAUUAUCAUUAUUAUGAUUAUGUAAUUACGAUAUAAAUGAAAAACAAGAAAAACAAACAAAACAAAACAAAACAAACAAAAACAUACCAAUAAUACAUGAACAUAAAUGAAACUUUAUCAAAUAAAAAUGUUUUCUUAAACGAAAAAAAAAACCCAUCGAAACCCUUUUUAAUUUAUCAUGAAGCCACAUUCCACCAAAAUACAAUUAUAGGGUCUUAUCAUUUAUCCCCCGCCUCCCUCCUCCUCCUCCUCCUCCGCAUCCCAAAACGAGAGAGGAACAGGCGAAAGCAGAGGAACUAUAGUACUCGCAAUCUAUUUUAAAUACCUUCAAACAAACACAUACGCACACAUUGAAACAGGGAAGCAUGCCCCUCCCCCUCCCUUAAAUAUAUGAAAUUGAAUUGACAAGAAAUAUAUUAUUAUGAUAUUAAUAACAAUAUGCGGUGCUAGUCAAGUUUAAACAACAAUAAACAGUUGCAGCAGAUACAGAUACAUUUACAGAUACAGAUACAGAUACAGAUAUUUAGAUACACACACAUGAAGAUACAUUAGAGAGAACAUCUUAAAUAGCAUAUAGUCAUGUAGGAAGUGAAAUUUUUUGCAUAGAUCCCAGUAGUAUUCAGGAGUAGUGAAUUCGAUAGUCGCAUAUCGAUCGAUCGAAAUAAUUCAAUAAACGAGAAUAGAGCAAAAGCAAAGAAAAAAAAACGGAAAAUUAUACGUAAUUAAUUUUAACAUUAGCGACAUACAAAUAAUAAUAAUAAUAAUGAAUAUGCAAAAUCAAAAUAUAUACUAUAUAUACAACUAAAGAUCAUAAUUGUAAAUAUGAAACCUAUUUGAAUGCGAGUAUUUGAAUUUAGCAAAGAGAAAGAACGAAAAGUAAACAAAAUCAAAUACAGAAUAAACUGCAUAAGAAAUUAUCCUUCCAAUUCUACACGAAAAAAACAAACCGAUGCAAAUUUCGAAAAUUACAAAAAUAUAAAUGUAAUUUCCUUAUCUAUUUUUCUUUUUUUUGUUUGUCAAAGCUCAAACUUUGUAGCAGGAAUAGAAAUGAAUUUAAGCCCACGGUGAUAUAAAGUCUUACACACACACGCACAUAAAAAAAACAAAAACAAAAAAGAGAAAGAGAAAGAGAAAAAAAGAAACUACAAACAAUAAACCAAAAGAGAAUUCUGUUCGAGUUUUUUGCCAAGUUACAGCAUGUACAUAAAAUAGUUGAAAAAGGAAAAAUAAAAUAAAUAUUAUACAAAGAAAAGAAAAAAAAACAGUUCACAUCUUAAAACAGACCAUAUCAACAUUAUAUUAACUAUAAUGGUAUUGCGUAGAGUUAUACUAUAUAUAUAUAUAUAUAUAUUCAGUUAUUUUAGCAAUACACACACACACACAUACGAUUACGAGUACAUAUAGUAUUAUAGAUUAAAGAUGAGAAAUACAGUUACAGUUACAUACAUACACACACACACACCCAUUACGUAGAAGAAAAAUGAAAGAAAUCAACGCAAAACAGAAGAAGAAGUUUCACUGCGACUUCUAGAAGCUCUCUUGAGUUAUUCAGAUACUUCAGAUCUAUACAUAUAUUCUUAUUAUGAUUAUGACAGAUGAUAAUGACGCAAAACCAACCAAUACACCGUUUUCAGUUUCAAAUCCGCCCAGCAAGAGAAAUUACAAAAAAAAAAAAAGAAAAUGAGAAAAAGAAA